AUGGAUCAGCAGUCGUUGCCGACCAAGGAUUCGGACGCUGAGGAAGUCCGGCGAUGCACAGGAAUUUCGCCAGCCCUAAUGUCCCGACGGGGCCUCAUCGUCACGGCCAUUUUCGUCUUGAGCGCCUCGGCCAUCGUCGCGGUCACCGCCAUUGCUCUCCGGAGGCGACAGCGACCUGAGCCCCUGCCGCCCUUGCCGAACCUCGGACCAUCGCUCGAGAACUCUUGGGAGACAUCCUGGCGGACGAGACACCUCCCACUUUACUUCAAGUGUGAUUCGAACGCGUGCCGGGACACCGGCGAAGACCUGAGAAAGAACGUCGCCUGGUCCUUGAGCCCGUGCGCCGACUUCUACGAGUACGUAUGCACCAGCAACAGCUUACACACUAACGUCUACGACCACGCUGUGACGCAGUAUCUGCGCGAAGUUCGAAGUGUGAUCCGCAAAUACGAGGACCUCGGCUUCUUCUCGAGAACAGCUAUGUCGAAAAAGAUCACGCGGUUCUUUGCCACUUGCCAGUCGAGUCACACUGACCUGCCUUCCUGGAGGUCCCAGCUCGAGGACACUUGGAAGCACUUGGAACUGGCCGGAGACCCGGAGGCCAUCGAAAGCAUGUUGGCAACAUUCUCGAGAGUUCUCGAAAUCUUUCCCGUCGUUCACGUGGCCGUUCUGGAGGCGUCGCACAAAACAUGUGUGGUCCUAUCGAGACCGCACGACAACGGCGCUGACCGCAUAUUUCACGUGCCGCACGCGUUUUCCACGUCCUUCCGACAUUUUGCGGUGGACCUGCUCGGGCACAAAGGAAAAAUUAGUGAUGACGUUAGUGACCUCAUCAGCUCUGCAGCCAAGGUGGAGUCUGAACUCCAGAAGUACUCGGGUCCGCGCGGUGAGCAGUACUACCAUCUCAAUGAAUACGGUGACGUUCCCGCUUCGGAGAUUGGCGAGGGUAGCGCAGAAUUUGACUGGACUUUAUACUUGAGGAAAUUCCUCAGAGGGGCAGUUUCAGUGAAAGCGGACUCCUGUGUCAUUGUGAAGUCUCCUGCGUACGUGAAACAUCUAGUGAAAGUAUUCGGCAAGGUUUCGAAAAACGAUGUGCGCUCGUUUCUCAAACUCAGGGCUGCUAUGGCACUGAUGCCAUUCCGGAAGCUGGCGGACAACCCUAAAAAAGAAGACAUCGAAAAGCUUUGCACACUGGCCACGUACAAGCUGUACCAAUAUGCCUUCCUAAAGGAGUUCAACGAUACGUACCUUCUGGCGGUGGCCUUUGGCGUUCAUCGUAACCUGGUCACCAUAAAGGGUUCCUACAAGUGA